GUUUCGUUUUUUUUGCCGGAGCCGGAAUUCAAGAUGAAACUGUACGCGCUUAGCGGGGAUCCGGCCAAGCCAUGCUACGUGCUGAGCUUCAAAGGUUUGAUGAUUAUGUUGGAUUGCGGUUUGUCGAUCAGCUCGGUACUGAAUUUUCUUCCGCUGCCACUCGUACAAAGUUCCAAGUUUCAGUGUUUGCCAAACUGGAACUGCCGUGAUUCAGAUAUUCAGCUAGAGGACGGGGAAAUCAAAGAAUGUUGCGGAUGUGCAUUCGUCAACUCGGCGCCCGAGUUCGUGCCUCCGUUGGAGAAGCUGAUCGAUUUCUCGGAGAUCGAUGUGAUUCUCAUAUCGAACUAUACAAACAUGCUGGCUCUGCCGUACAUCACGGAGGGAACGGGUUUCUGCGGAACGGUGUACGCCACCGAACCGACACUCCAGAUCGGUCGCUUCUUUCUCGAGGAAUUGGUGGAGUACAUUGAGGCUUCACCGAAGGAGAGCACGGCAAAGAUGUGGAAAGAGCUCGAACAUCAGCUGCCCGCACCACUGAACGAAGUGUUCAAACCGAAGAACUGGCGCCAUCUGUUCAGCAUGGACGCGGUAAACAAGAGCUUGGCGCGAGUGCAGAUGACGGGCUACGAUCAGAAGCUGGACAUUUACGGGGCACUGCAAGUGACACCGAUCAGUUCGGGGUUUUGCCUUGGAUCGAGCAACUGGACCAUCAUGUCGGGGCAGGAGAAAAUAGCUUACAUCAGUGGAUCCUCCACGUUGACCACCCAUCCAAGACCGAUCAAUCAGGCAGCGCUAAAGUACUCUGAUGUCGUAAUCAUGACGGGACUAACGCAAGCUCCGCAUGUCAAUCCGGAUGCAAUGCUCGGUGAACUGUGCAUGAACGUGAUGAUGACACUGCGUAACGGUGGAUCCGUGCUAAUUCCCUGCUAUCCUUCCGGUGUCGUGUACGAUCUGUUCGAGUGUCUCUCGGUCAGCCUCGACAACCAGGGCUUCACACAGAUACCGAUGUUCUUCAUCUCACCCGUCGCCGAUAGCUCACUGGCGUACUCGAACAUUCUGGCCGAAUGGCUAUCGACGUCGAAGCAGAAUAAGGUCUACAUUCCCGACGAACCAUUUCCACACGCGAGUCUUGUGAAGAACUCAAAGCUGAAGCACUUCAAGCACAUCGACUCCGAAGGAUUCAGUACCGAGUUCCGGCAACCGUGUGUGGUAUUCUGUGGCCAUCCGAGUCUGCGGUUCGGUGAUGCCGUACAUUUCGUUGAGCUUUGGGGAUCGAAUCCACUGCACACGAUCAUCUUCACCGAACCCGAUUUCCCGUACCUACAGGCACUGGCCCCCUACCAGCCGCUCGCGAUAAAGACGGUCUUUUGUCCGAUCGAAACGUCACUCAACUUCCAACAGGCCAACAAACUCAUUAAGGAGCUGAAACCGGGCGUACUGGUGAUCCCGGAGAACUACACCCAACCACCGGCGAUCGCACCGCAAAAGCUCGAUCUCGUCAUCGAUCAGCCGCCGGAGAAGAUGAUCAUCAAAUUCAAACGUGGCGAGGUGAUUAAACUGCCGCUGAAACGUAAACGAGGCCGUGUCUACCUGAACCCCAAGAUGGCAAAGGGCAUCAUACCGCAGGAGGUGAAACCGGGAGUCACCGUGUCAACGGUGACGGGUGUGCUGCAGGUUAAGGACAACAUUCACGAUCUGCUGCCACUGGACGCGGUAAAGGAUGAGAUGGAAGAGUCGUCCUCCAAGGGUAAGAGUACCGGACCACCUCAACCUCACACUCAGCUGCGAAAGAUCCGCUACGAGUGGGGUACGCUCGAUAUCAACCUAUUGCUGAAGAAGCUGGCCCAGGAUGGGUUUAGUGACAUCAAGGUGGAACAGGGCGGUCCGGACGAGGUGACGCUUGUACUGCCGAGCGAAGAUACGAUCAUCAAGGUGAGUGAAAAGACCACCGAGAUCGUGUGCGGAGGAAAGCAAAGUUUGCGGCUCAAGCUGCGCGAUCUGUUGCUACAGUGUGUGCAGAGUUUCUAGGUGGUCAUCGAUGAAUUUUGAAUAAAUGAUGA